GCCGCCGCCGGCUUCCCGGCAGCGGCGGCCGCCGGGAAAUUGCCCUGUCAGGAAAAGCGCGGUUUCCCUAGCCCGCUCCCCGCGCACCUCAUAUAGUGUUUCAGUGUGGACAAGUUUUAGUAAAAAUGCAGAGUAAGAAGCAGGCUCCAUUAAAUUACUAUGUUGGAAUUGAUGUUGGAUCGGCAAGUGUUCGUGCGGCUUUGGUAGAUGAAUUUGGGACAGUAGUGGCACAUGCAGAUCAUCCAAUCCAAAUUUGGGAACCCCAAACAGACCACUAUGAGCAAUCCUCUGCUGACAUAUGGACUGCUUGUUGCUCAGUCACAAAGAAAGUUGUGUGUGGAGUAGAUGCCAGACAGAUUCGAGGGCUUGGUUUCGAUGCUACAUGUUCUCUUGUUGUUGUGGAUAAGCAGUUCCAACCCUUGGCAGUCAACUGUGAAGGUCAAAACCAUAGGAAUGUUAUUAUGUGGAUGGACCAUCGUGCAGUCAGUCAAGUAGACCGAAUUAAUCAAACAAAACACAGGGUUUUGAGCUAUGUUGGGGGAACAAUGUCUGUGGAAAUGCAGCCACCUAAAUUACUGUGGAUCAAGGAAAAUUUGCGAGAAUCAUGCUGGGAGAAGGCAGGCUACUUCUUUGAUCUUCCAGAUUUCUUAUCUUGGAAAGCAACAGGUGUCACUGCAAGAUCACUCUGUACAUUGGUGUGCAAGUGGACAUACACUUCAGAUGGAGGUUGGGAUGACAGUUUCUGGCAAAUGAUUGGCUUGGAAGAUUUGGUGAAGGAUAAAUAUGAAAAAAUAGGAAACCACGUCUUGUCUCCUGGAGAGUCUGUUGGAAAAGGUUUAACGCCAGAAGCUGCAAAAGAUCUUGGUCUCCCCGAAGGGACUGCAGUAGCAGCUUCUCUCAUUGAUGCACAUGCUGGAGGACUAGGAGUAAUUGGAGCAGAUGUGAAAGGACACAACCUGCCAUGUGAAAAUCAGCCAAUUACAUCCCGAGUUGCUAUGAUCUGUGGAACAUCUUCAUGCCACAUGGGGGUAAGUGAGACGCCCAUUUUUGUGCCUGGUGUUUGGGGACCUUACUUCUCUGCUAUGGUGCCUGGAUUUUGGUUGAAUGAAGGAGGUCAAAGCGCUACCGGAAGACUGAUAGAGCAUGUGGUCCAAGGCCAUGUCGCUUUCCCAGAACUACAGGCAAAAGCUAAAGCCAGUUCUCAAAGCAUAUAUACAUACUUGAACAGUCACCUGGAUCUGAUUAAGAAAUCUUUGCCUGUGGGUUUCCUCACUGUUGAUUUACAUGUUUGGCCAGAUUUCCAUGGUAACAGAUCUCCCUUAACAGAUCUGACACUAAAGGGCAUGGUUGUUGGACUAACAUUGUCUCGAGGUCUGGAUGAACUUGCUGUUAUCUACUUGGCCACGAUUCAAGCCAUUGCUUUAGGAACAAGACAUAUUUUGGAAACUAUGCAGGCUGCAGGGCAUCAUAUCAACACACUGUUUCUGUGUGGUGGUCUGAGCAAGAACCCCCUCUUCGUGCAGAUGCAUGCUGACAUUACUGGUAAGCCUGUUGUCCUGUCCAAAGAAGUGGAGUCUGUUUUGGUGGGUGCUGCUAUUCUUGGAGCUUGUGCUUCUGGGGAUUUUUCAUCUAUACAGGGAAGUCAGAGGCAGCAGCAGGAGGCAGAGACCCUUGAUUUGAACCUCCUCCCCACUCGCUCUGCUCUGCUCUGCUCCGCUCCGCUCCCUGCGAUAACCCUCCUCCAGCAUCUCAGGAGGCCAUGGCGAAAAUGGGAAAAAUCGGGAGAGUCGUGCAGCCAAACCAUGAGGAUAAAAGAUUUUAUGACAAGAAAUACGAAGUAUUUUUGAAACUUGUGGAACAUCAGAGGGAGUAUCGUUCUAUCAUGAAAAGCUUCUAAUCCAGAUCACACAGUCUGGGAAUAACACGGGUCACAAAUUUCCAGGUACUUUAGGCAGAGGUAAUUUUUUCUUGUGUUGUUCACUGUAAAAAUACACUUUUACCAUCAAAAAAUGUACAUUUUCAUUUUUAAUUAGAAAUAAAAUGCAUUCAUUUCAGUGUGAA